GAAACCACGAAGAGCAUUGGUGGAAAUGUUUCAACUUUCGAAGUUGUUCCUUUUGAUGGGAAAAGUCCCUCCCGUACAGCGUGAAGAAUAGUUAUAACAGCUAAAGCUGUUUCUUAACAAGGCAAGGGAAGAUAGAACGGAGACAUUUUGCACACAUUAUGGACGAUCAUAAGAAUCAUUCCUCACCGCAAUCGUCAAGAUGGCUUAGAUUCCAGAGUAGAGUAUCGAGAUCCAUAUCGUCCAAGUCCUUGAGCUCAUCUACCUCAAGCUCCAGUUUCCGCUCAGAAAGCUCCAGCUCAACAUGCACAACACAGAUACACUGUCAGUUACCCUCUAUUUACUCCCCGAGAACAACCUCAAUACCAAGAACAACACCACUGUCGUUGACAACUUUUGGGAAUCAUUCACCUCAAACAUUGUCUUCGUGCUCUACGGUCACAGACACUCCUCCGAAAGUGGCGAGCUUUAUAAGCUCAAGCUCUAACAAUAACAGGGACCUGAGAAAGCUGAAGAAUUAUUACAACAAGAAGUGUUGCUUUUGCGAUGAGCCUCUAUCGUCGAAGUCAUACGAUGAGAAAGUCAUCACACUCACGUGUUCGCAUGUGUCUCAUGAGGAAUGUCUUUGGACACUGAUUAUUGGUAUUCCAAAAGAGAACCUGGACAUUAACAAACUUUUCCCAACUUGCGGAAUCUGCGGUAAAACCACUUUCCCUGAGGACGUUACUCUCAGAGACUCGCUUGUUUCUAAGUACCUGCUAAGUCCCAAGACCCAAGAGGCUGCAUUACCUCCCACAAUUCAUUUAAAGCCACAGACCUUAUCAUCCCAGCUACUCAUACAAGAACCCAAAUUCCAGUCUUUGUCUCUACACAGCAAAAAUGCCAAAGAUUUGAGCAUCGAAAUACCUGAAAUGAAAGAAUCGCCGAGGUCAUCAUCAGUGAUGCAUCACCAGAAGUCUCACAAAUCUAGAGGUUCUUCAAUUUCUGCAAUCUCUUCCAUUGUCUCGUCAGUGCCUAAGUCACCGUCUCCAAAGUCACAAGUGUUCAAUGCAGAUGAAGUUUCAUUGGCGUUAUUGCGCUCGGAACAUAUCUCAUUUUUAAUUCAAGAGCUGAACAAACAUGGGAUACACGUCAAGGAAACUGACAUAGAUGCCAUGGGACUCUUAAGACUAGUCGAUGAGUUGAGUGUGUCAGUCGAUGGAACUGAAUUCAAGACGUAUAUUGUAUACCUCUUCCAGUAUGAGCUCGUACUUGUCAGAACUGGGUAUGCUAAGUGGCUGAGAUUCCCAGUGCAACAUGUUGAUGUCUGCACACCAAACAGAGCCACUUUACAACUGAUGUUACAAUAUACUGGGUUUUACAUCAAGCAUGGAGACUCUUUUAUAUUACAGAAGUGGAUUUCGGCACUGUGCGAUUUAGAGCAGCACUUCAAUGUUGAAAACUUGAGCUCCACGAUACAACGAAAAGACCUUCUUCUUGACUUUGGUGAAUCCAGUCGAAUGACAAUCCCAGUGUUAUUAUCUCCUCUUAAGUUUUCACCACAGGAGCGACAAUUGCUUGUAAAGAAGGAUAACAUGCUGCUAGUGAUUAAUCAUUGUUUGCCACUUCCAGGAGUUGCAGUAAUGACGUUACAGAACAUCUGUCGAGUAUUACAGACCCAGUUCUUGGAUUUCCAACUGCUCUGUACAAUGGAGUGUUUAAAACAGUCCUAUAGUACUGAAAUAGAUGGAAUUGGAAAGGCUGAUAACGUCGGUGACUCAUUUAGCGAUAUGCUUGAGAGCGUGGACACUGCAAAUACAGCAGUAUGUAUCAUUACAACAGAAGAUGUCUCUGAGAAGCUGAAGACAAGCUAUAUGAUAAAGGACCAUUUGGUGAUCUGUGUUGGAGCAGGACGUGGGUCGAAUAACACACCAUCUCUUGUUUACGCAUCUUCAUGGGAAGACAUUAUGGAAUGCCUAAUGAGCAACUUAGACAUCCAUGUAGGAGAAAACCAGCUGGAAGACGAUGGUGACAUGGAUAGUAUCAACUCUGACUUUGAUUCGGAUUUCAACUCCGAUGACAAUGUUGGACUUGAUGAUAACGAGAGCCGUGUCGACGAAUCACCAAGCACAAGCGAGGACAAUAUAUUGAAACAAGAAACAAGGAAUGUACAAGCUGGUAUAGCAACUUGCAACAAAUGGACGGAGCUUUUCGACACGAUCGACGAUGUGAUGAGGCACAACCUUAAGGACAACUAAUUACUUUAAAUGAGAUACGACUGUAAUGCCACACAGUUGUAGUCACCAACAAGUGCAUAGCAAAGCUCUAGCAUGCUGAGAUACACCGUCUCCCCCCCACCAUUUGACUAGUAUACACUACAAUGAUACACUAAAAUAACCUUUAACCUCCCUGUGUGACAUGCAGCAGUCACUCG